GGUUAGUUUGGGAGCUACCAGCUACUGGGGGUUUCGUUUGAUGACGUGCCGUUGAUUGACUGGUGCCGCCCAUGCGUUGUCUAAGCUGAAGCUUGGGGGGAAUUUUUGCUCCCUAGCAAGUUUACUUUGUAUUAGGGAUUGAGAUUCCCAGUGGCUUAGUUCAUGUGAAUGACCAUGAAUUCUAGGUUUUGUGCUGAUCUGAGAAUGGUUUGAUAGCCUGGAGCUGAACUUUUAGUGCUUAAAUGUUCUUGGGCUUAGCUUGGCCAAACUUGACAGUAACAGAGUUGCUUGAUGCUUUGAUGGAAUUUGGAUGCAAAACAUUGCUGGGUUGCUGUUUAUUGUGUUGAAGGAUAGGGUAGAUUCAGGCACCCAGGUGUUAGUAUUCUUCAUUGGAACUCGUUCUUAUCCAGCAGAAAAUAUACUAGCAGGUAUGAUUUAUGAUGGAAACUUAACCAUUGUUUCUCCAUGAUAUUUGAUGUUCAUGAAUAUGCUCAAGAUCGUUGAACCUUACUCUAUGUAUGACAGUGAUUCAAUACAUUGCACUAACAAGUAACAAUAAGAUUGUCUACCUAAUGUACAGAUCAUGUAGAUAUCUAAGUCCGACCAUAUUUUGCAGAUCAGCACAUCAUUGGCCAAAUUCAUGUUCACCUGAUUCAUUCAAGUUAGAAAUUCAUAUUGUAUGCUUUAUGAUUUGACCAGAAAUGCUUAUAAUUCAUACGGUUUAACCCUACUGUUGAUUUAGUGCUAGCGAAAGAAUAUACAACUGAAGCUUUAGUGUUAGCAUUUUGAAUUCGGCGCUGUUAGUGCCCAGACGUCCGAUGGGAAGUUUUCCAUCGGACGCUCUGUUGCAACACCAAAACAAAACACUUGCAACAUCGAAAAUCUAUUUUUGCAACAUCGAGACAGAUAAACAAAAUAGAUCUAUAUAUUUCGAGAGGAAAAUUCCCACCGCAACAUUAGUGCUUGUUUCAUGCAACAUUUUCAUGCAAAUCAUGCAGGACUGGUUGAGUUUAAACACAUAUAAAUGAAACACUACAAACAAAACACCGCAACAUAAAGAAUCAAUAGAUGAAACAUCAAAAGCCAACAAUGUUGCAAGAUGCAUACAUUUGAAACUUCUUAGAACACCUUGUGCACCAUCGAGAAAAUACUAAUAGAACAAAAGCAUCCCUUGUUGCAACAUCAGAAAACAGCUAUAACCACAUCUUGAUUAGUUUUUCUGCAACAUCGAAAAUCACCUAUCGCGGCAUGAAAAAUGAUGUAGCGCAACACAAAAAACGUAUUGAUUGCAACAUUAUGUCUCCACAGACCAGAUGAGGCUGCUGCCACCGUCUUGUUCCUUCGGUUAUGUCUUGUUGCGCAGCACCCAUCUCAACUCUGAAGCUGCUCAGCGGGCCAUGCUGCUACUUGUCAGGUUCCACCUCCCGCAUCGUCGACACUCGCCUUGCAGGGCUCCAGCAUGAGAAAUUGCCCGACUGUUCGUCGAGGACAGCGUGGAGCUCGACGAGCGGGAACGUCGGCGCGAGCUUGGUCGAAUCCGGCAGUGUGUAGCUGAGGCAUGAGGAGGGCCCAGCAACACGGCCGCGUGCGGCGAGGAUGGAAUAAUGGGUGCGCACUGGCGAGGUGCCGGCAGCGGCGUGCCGUAUGUGUGGCUGCUGAGAUGAGGGGAGCUCGAGGAGAAGGUGGAGCGGGCGGUGCUAUUAAUGGAAACUGGAGGCGGAGGACAUGAAGCUGAGAAGCGAGUGCAUAAGAAUGAGGGAAGAAGCAGCUAUUGCUUCGCUCGAAGUAAAGGCAGCCGUAGCGUCCGAUAUUUUUACUUCCGCCGGACGUCAGAACUCAGUGGUUCCAGCUAGCAGAGAAUCUAUUAAUGCUCCCGAAAAGGUAGUUGGAUUCAGAAUCUCUGGGGAAGAGAAUGAUACAUGUACUCAAGAGACCGGCAAUAUUUCAGAAUGCCACUCUUCUGAACAGGGGAAUUUGGGUUUCCCUACAGACAAUGUCAGCUCAGUUAGGGCAUAUCCUGAGAGAACCGGAAUGAUGGGAUCUCUUCAGACUGACCACUUGGCUUCAGGUUCUACUGGACUUCAGGGUAAUGGGACUCAGAUGGCUGCUAGGAAGAGUCAGGCCGUGAAUGCUAAUCAUCUACUGAACUUCCAGUAUGAUCCUAUUUCUCGGCCACAGCCCAGAGGCCCUAGAACAUAUCCUCCCAGAAGACAAAGAAAGAUCAAACCUUACAACAAGGACCUGUUCCUACAAGCAAACUAUAAAUUCGUUGUGUUGGAUACUGGGAAUUACCAGAUUGAAUCAAUGGAUCCUGAUAAGAUGCUUCAGUGGGAAGAUAUUAUCUGUGUAAGAUACUAUAGCCCUUCUGAGGUACAAUGCCCUAUUUGCUUGGAGAGCCCGUUGUGCCCACAGAUCACAUCAUGUGGACAUAUAUACUGCUUUCCAUGCAUUUUACGUUACCUAACAAUGGGCAAAGAGGAUUAUAAAGGUGAAUGUUGGAAGAAGUGUCCUCUGUGUUUCAUGAUGGUAUCAACAAAGGAGUUGUAUACCAUACAUAUUACUCAAGUUCAGCAUUUCCGUGCUGGUGAUGUUGCUUCGUUUACACUUCUGAGCCGGUCAAGAAAUUCACUCACUCCUUCUAUUAAAAGCACCUCCAGUGAAUGUUCUUCAGCAGAUGAAGAUCCAUGUAAUGUUUUCUCAAAAUUUAUUUUGACAUCUGAUGUUGAGUUAUCUGUUCGAGAGGCAAAAUCAGAUCUUAGUAAUUGGUUGCAUAUGGCUGACUUGGGCUUUGUUGAUGACUUGGAGAAACUUCCAUAUGUUUCUGCUGCUUUGGAACAACUGGAAGAAAGGAUGAAAUAUUGGACUGAGUACAGAAGUUAUGGUUGUAGCCCUCCAUUAAAAGAUAGUUUCUCUCCUGGAUCUAGUUACAAGUCUAGAAACUCCUUUGAUGUGAAUACUUCUCACCAGAACAAUGGGAAUAAGAUUUCCCCUGUUUCAGAUAGAGAUAUGGUCAGUGGUAUUUCAGCACUCUCCAUGUCUCCUGAGUCAAAUAAAAGCUUCGAUAAAGGAACAAUAUCCAAGAUGAAUGAGAAAUGCACCACCACCACUGAUUCAAAUGAACAUGACUCAUACACAUUUUACCAGGUGUCGGAUGGCCAACACCUAAUUCUUCAUCCACUAAACAUGAGAUGUCUUCUAAACCAUUUUGGAGGUUCUGAUAUGCUCCCACCUAGAAUAACUGGAAAAAUUUUGGAGCUAGAAACUGUAACACAGUCUGAGGCUAUAAGGAAGCGCUACCGGUUUUUGAGCCACUUCUCAUUAACAACAACAUUCCAGUUCUGUGAAAUCGACCUGAGUGAUAUAGUAUCUCCUAGCUCAUUGGCUCCAUUCUUGGAUGAAAUCAAGAAGCGUGAGAAACAAAGAAAACGAACUGCCAAGAAGGAAGAAAGUGAAAGAGUGAAAGCUGAAGUUGCUGCCGCUGUGCAGGCAUCAGCUAUGCGGUUUGAGUUUACAAAUUUCUCACAAAGUCACAACGAUGUCAUGUUCUCUCUAGAUGACUUUGAAGCUCUAGGUAACAAUGCUGGGCCAUCAACGAGUCCUCCAGCCAGUGAAAGAAAGCUUUUCUCUGACGUGACACGCCUGGGUUUUGCAUCAGCCCAAGACUCGCCUCCCCUAAGAGUUGAAACUGGGGAUGCAAGUGGUAAAAAUGAAAGCGCGAGAGACCAAGGACCAUCAGCACCACCCGCAUUAUCGUUCGCCAGCAUCAUAUCUUCCAGUAGAGCUGCUGCAGCGGCUGACAACUUGGAGAUGCAGAAACCAAAUGGGGUUGGGAAGAAAGGCAAGAAACCAGCUAGAGUGCUCUUGUCAACCGGCGGCGGCCGUCGAUACUGAAGGAGUAGACACAUUGGAAACGAACAGUUUGGCUGUUUCCAUAGUAGAUCAAAGGAAUGUAUGUAUAGUGCAUAACCUGUACUACGUCUGUAACACCGAGUGGCAUUUGUUUCCCCCCUCAUGUUUGUCUCUCUUCUGCCGCCUGCCCACCUCCUCCGUAAGGGGUGUGCUCGCGUUGUACCUACAUACUGAGUCUUGCUCCAUGCCAAGGGUAACCACCAGUGUUUCAAAGGCGACCUAAGGCAACCUGUGUAUGCCCUAUUGUGUAGGCGAUAAGGCGGAUCUAUUCCUCAAGGCGAGCUGGGUCUGCCUGCCUGGUCGCCUAGGCGACGCCUUUGAAACAUCGGUAACCACUGAGCUGAAGGCACUCAGAGAAAGAGCCAUGUAACUUGAUAAAAUAAUAAUGAAUGGCGCCACUGUUUGCUGUUAACGCCCCUGAA